AUGAAGCUGAAAAAUCAAGGCCCAGUGGGCGUCCGCAGCCAGCAUGUGCAAAUCAUUAAAGAGAUCGCCCGCAACCUUGGCACUCCCGGUGGUCCCUUGGAUCUCAUUCCCCCGUGUCUCCGAUCGAUUCGAAAAUACGUCAAUGAGCCUUACUUCGAUGAGGACUCCAAGAAUUGGGCGCUGAUCAUACUCAGACUUCUUAAGCAGAUCUCGGCAUUGCUAAGCAGCAAUAUCACCAUUCGUGACAUUCAGAGCCAUAUUCAAGCAGCCUAUGAGGCACACAAUCUGGACAGAGAAACACGUGUUUUCGAAUACGAAAUUUUGCUUCAGGCUUACGGGAGUCUAAGUGUUUUGGCCGCGGCCUCUCUUUCUUUCGAUGAUUCCCGCUCCCUCGAAAGUCUCCUCGAUGCACCCUUCGUGGAGCUACUCAAACAAACGGUUGGUAACAACUUCCGGUUCAUCAAUAGAGGCUAUGUGGUCACAAAAGAGUCCCCUUCGUACGCUCAACUCCACGCCUGGGCUCUCAAGAUUCGCGAGCUUCUCCAGGAGACUGACUGGAAUGUCGAACGUGCUCGAGAGCUCAUUCAGCGCACAAUUCAAGAAUCUGGGCAGGCUGCAUUGUCUAUCUCGCUUCUUGAACGUGCUAAGAUCAUUGCUGUUGAAGAAAAGACCAGGAGGGAUCUCAUUUUCUCAGCUCGACUCUGGCACGAAUUGGAGUCGCCCGAUCCUGAUAAUGCCACAUGGCUAAACCAUCUCGAGGGCGAAGAACUCGACGCCAACACUACACAAAAUGCCGAAUCUGGAAAUGAUGCAAUCGACGUACGCUCACCGCCAACGGAAGAUAUCAUGAUGGCAGCUGGUAGCGACGAAACCGCGCCCACUCAAGAUUUCGUUGAGCAAUCCGCACCAUCCACAAGAGGGACCAAGCGGAGUAACGAAUAUGAUACAGAGGACACGUCGCAAGAAGACCGUAUGCCCAAGAGGCAACGUCUAGCACCCACAUCUUCCCGUAGAGAGCGCAGGAAAGGUCGUCGUUGA